UUUCUUUCAGUCGACGAGUCGAGCAGUUCUUUCUCCAUUUCCAGGUUGACCACUAUGCCGCAGCCCGCUCGGUUUCUCCCAAGGAGGGCUGUCCGCGCGGUCCUCCCUCUCAGACUCUCCAACAGAAACCCUCGAGCACACUUCCUCUGCGAGCACCAAAUAUUCUCCCUCACAGCACGCCAAUUCACGACGACACGGCACCGAGAUGCAGCUAUGGGUGGACUUCGAGACGUCAAUUACAAUUCGGUGAUGCCAAAAGUACAUUCGUCCAAGACUCAGAUGGCCAAACAGACCGCGGGAAAAGAAAGGUCAAUGCCCGACGACUUGGGCAGAAUGCCCAAUUCUCUGGUCAUGGCCCCUUCCUCAAACCUACCUAGCUGGCUCCCUCCAACUUCAAGCAGACGACUUCGACUUAAGUGGUUCCAGCUCAAAACAGCUGUACAGUCAUGGUUCAGCAUAUUCUACCUGCUAUACUGGGAUGCGCCCAAGGACCCUGUCACGAACAAGAAAAUUCGCAAACCCUUGGAAUUAUCUGAAAGGGCCACGAUUGCCAAGGGGCUGCACCAACAGUUCAACAGGGCGCUCGCGGCUGGUGACACGGCCACCCUCGAGAAAAUCGCUUGUGACGGAGUCCUUGCCAAAGCCAAGUCACGCAUCCAACGACGCAAGAGAGUGGGCGCGAUCGAACAAUGGAAACAUAUGAAAUAUUUGGGGAUUGACUACCCACAAUGGCUGCAGCGGUGGCCGAUCUCUGUUCUUCUCCCGAACGCCAGCGCAAGAGUCCUAACCGACAGAAUGGCGCCUCUUCCCUUUCCGAAGUCGUCGUUCCGACAAUGUACGGUGCGCAUCAGCUCAUGUCAGUGGUGCAAGACUGCUUCCAUGCAGUACGGCCAGAUCUUCAACAGGACAGAAUACGUGGUGAUCCAGAAGCUGGAGAUCAAUGGCAAAGAAGGCGACUGGAAGUUUUGGGGAACAGUCGAUCCGAACACGAUGGAGGAGAUUGACAAGAUGAUGGAGGGCCAAAAGGGUCAAGAUACUCUGGCUGCCAGAUUCAGAGAACAAUUAUCCACCGUGACUGGCGGCUUUGGCGGCAUGUCAGGUUAGGCGUUCUGACGGGAGGUGAUGGUGGCCGGGCGGGCGCAGGCUGUCGAUGCGAGAGUUCAAGGGGAAAGAUUUUCCACCCUGCUAGUAACAUUCACAUUCUCAUUCAGAGCUCAUUACAAGCAAGCCAUGAUUGAAAUGCAGGCUCGAUUGGAAUAUUAAGCCUCUGCAACGGUAUACCCCGACCAUCGCCAUUGUUCCUGUCCUCCUCGAUACAACGCAAGCAAAUGUUGUACGAAACAGGCAGUGGUUACUUCGAGGAAUACCAUGGCCUCACCAGCCUGAAGCUCUGUCGCAUUUCUCGGCCCCAGAAGCGUUCCGACAACCACCAGGCGACGACCUGAGGUCGCAAAGUCGACGUCAUCCUCGGGAGGAAGUGGUUCGGCGUGGACUUGGACACGCAAGCUGCAGUUGAGACUGAGAUUCAUGACUAAGUACGGCGACAAUAUGUCACUGGCUGGCCUUGGCCUUGUCGUCCAGCAACGAGGAGACGACUUCCAUCGUUGUGGACCUUGUUGACCGCUUCCCCGUACCGGCGACCUGCUGGCCAUUGGCGACACUGAGACCAGUCGACUUUCUUCAUUGGGGCUGAAUAUUUUGGAUCGAAAUAAUCCAGCAGCCAUGGGACGGUAUGUGGACCAGGCCGUGACCAUGUUGUAUAGAAUAACGGGUAGGAGGAGCCUGCGUCCGGAGUACCUGAAUCAGGGCUAAGGUAGUGGGUAGUUAACAAGUCUGUCUAUCAAUGUGAAUUUUACAAUUAC